AUGGCACCUGCGAUUCGCGAGGUUACCCGGACCCUGAUUGAGGCCGACAGCACAUUCGUGGCAGUCCUUACCUUGGGGAAUACCAGGUCGUGGCCAACGAGCUUGGUUACAUGGACAGCGACGACUCCAUUUACGACUGUCAUCCACGUGGUCAACAUAGCAGAAACUUCUACACCUGAGCAAACCAAUUCGGGCGCAAGCAGCGGACUAUCAGAUGGAAACAAAGGCGCAAUAGCGGGGUCUAUCCUCGGUGCUGUGGUUUUGAUACUGCUCUUAUACUAUCUUUAUCUAUGUCAUGUGCAGUCGCGGGCAUUGACUCAACGGUCGCGCAAAGUUCCAGUCGAUGCGAAAGAUCCUACAACGCCUCCUGAUUCUGAUCCUGUUCCUGCUGAUGAGAAACCGGCAAGGGAAAAGAAGACUGUUACCAUAUCAUCGGAUCUUCCGCGAUAUUUUCGUCGAUACUCGCGGUCGAAGGUUGACAAGUCGUACAUCUCUCCUAUUGUGAGGAUAACAACGGAAAUGAACUUGAGGACUAAGCUCCAGACAAGAGAAGGGAGAUUAGGACAACCGGUUCGCUUCAUGAUUCGAUCGCGGGAGAAACCGAAACCAAGGAAGAAGCGUCGGAGAUCUCACAGGCGUCGAAGAAGACGCAAAUCUUCAAAGAUUGAGGAUAUGAAUUGA